UCGAAAGAAACGAGAGAAAAAGGGGGGGAAAAUGAGGCGAAGGCUUAGGCUCCCGAGCUCCUCCGACGAAGACGACGACGACCGGCGGCCCCAAACCCUAACCUCUCCAAAGCCUAGCCCUAACCGCAAUCCUCCCCCCGCUGCUCCCAAUCCUCCCCUCGAGAUAUCCGACGACGACUUCGUCGACGUGCCGGACGUCCUCUCCCCGCCCUCCCCUCCGCCGCCGCCCCCCGCUCGCCCCGCCGGAGCCCCCGAGGACAACGACGGAUCAUUAUCCGUGCCAUGGACGGGCUUAGAUGGCUCUCUGCGGCCGAUCGAUGAGUUCCUCCGGAGGCUCGGCCUCCGGCUCCGGCCGGAAUGGCUGGGCUUCUGCGUCAAAGCCCUGACGAGCUACGGGUCCGGCUUCGAGGGCCUGGACAUAGCCGGUAAGGCGAGGAGGUGCUUCGAGCAGUUCCUCCUCUCCGACAUGAAUAUCUGUGGCGCUGGCGUCCUUCCUGAGAACGUGCAAGCCAUGCAUAAGGCCGAUCUGGAGGGGCCUUUCGUUCUCCAGGUUGAUGAAAUAAUUAACAUCUCUGCUCCUCUUCGAGAAAGGUAUCAUGAUGCACCUGCUGGAUUUAAAAGGUGCUUGAAAUUGUCAAUGACAGAUGGUGUUCAGCGCAUAUUUGGCAUGGAAUAUAGGCCUAUCAGAGAAUUGGAAGUUCUUGCUCCUGCUGGUUUUAAGAUUAUUAUUUGUAAUGUACACAUACGACGAGGGCUUCUAAUGCUGGUCCCCGAAGUUUUGGAGGUUCUUGGGGGGCAGGUUGAUGAUCUGGACGCAGCUCGUCAAAGGCUAGUUGGCGAAGUGAAUAAACCACCACGAAGCAAAAGGAAGCAAUGUGGACUCCCUUUGUCUAGAAGAGCUUCGCUUGCUGCUUGGCCAUCUGAUGUCAUAAAUAAUGGUGCACAAACAAACAUCCCAUCUCUCAAAAUGUGAAUAAUCCCCGAGAAUUGGCUCAAGUUGUAAGAGAUCGACAAUUUAGACGCUGCGACUACUGGGAUAUUGCUAAAGAAAUGGAAAGGUCAACAUUUAUUAACUUUUCUUAGUACUUACGUACGUACGUACAUACAUACGUACAUACAUGCAUACAUACAUUUGUGGAGAGAGAGAGUUAAGCUUAUGAGGCACUAAAUUAUUAGAAAUUUGAUCUGUAUAUGUUUUAAAGAAUUUA